CCCGAGCUGAAAUCAACACGAGACCCAAAUUAACUCAAUAUUUGAGAUCCGAACCCGAACAUGACCCGACUUCGAACUGACUUGACCUAAUUAUAAUCCGCAAAUUAUUGACUUGAACCGAACCCGACUUGAACCCGUGAAUGACCCUAACUCGUUUUAACUCGUUAAAACCCGAAUUAAACCCGACUAUUAUUCACCUGACCCGAAUGUAACCCGAUUUGUUACUGACCCGUCCUAAACUCGACAAGAUGUAUGACCCGACGUGACCCGAUUCAAGCAUGACCCAACCCAAACCCGACCCGUAUAUGUUACGACAUUAACCCGAAUUUACCUGACUCACACUAACCCGACUUGUUUACCUAAAUUGACAGCUGUAAUCACACCCCCAUGGUCAAGAGUUUGUUGGGCUUGACAUGUAGAUGCAUCUUGGGCCUCUAUAUACCUAGUGUAAAAUAUAUUUCGCUUGCAAGUAAGGGCAUAUGACAUUUGAACUCGUAAUCUUUUAUCACGCUGAAUCUUGAUACCAUGUUUAAGGAUUGGACAAACGUAAUUCAACAAAAAUACUUAAGUUGAUGUUUGAGGCGCAUGACUAAGUUUAACACUACAGCUUGAAGUAAGUAUAAAAUUUGAGCUUGUGACCUUUUUUUCACAUUGCUUUGUAAUACCAUGUUAAAGGACCAAUUCAACCAAAUACUAUGGCCCUUUAAAAAUCAAUAAUAUAAUUAGGAUUGUCAUUAUUUUGAUCAUACCAGCCUAGCUUGUUGGAAACAUACAUAUUACAUAGCAUCUAUUAUAUGUGUAGCAGAUUUUGUGUGUGGCUGGCCACACCGUGUGACCAGCUAGCACACAAGUAACCCCUCACCAAGUAAUCCUUGACUGAUCUAGUCCCCUGAUUGAUUAACCCUUGACCAAAUAACCACUGACCAUGUAGUUCCUAACCGACUAAGUAACCUCUAACCAAGUAACCACUGCCCGAUCUAGUAACCCGUGAUCAAUUAACCUUAAAACAAAAAAAAUUACAAGUAUUUGAUACUCCAGUUUUCUAUCCAAAAAAGAAAGAAACUUGGUGAUUCAGGAGAGAGAGAAAGAAAUUGAAAUUCCAGCAACCCCGAUCACUCGAACCGAUCGAGAUCCAAUAGACGGGGUAGUUGUCUGCACCGGCGAAAGAAGCGGCGGCGCCGCCAUCAGUGGUGGUGGAACAACGUUAGCAGAAUAGAACCAUUUAUCAACUUCAAUUUAGCAAAUGGCGUGCAAGAAACAUAUACCCACAUAACCAUUAAUCAACCAUUAAUGUCAAAUUUUCCUCAAACCCAGAAAAUUAAAUCAAUAAAAAAAGGUCAAAAUCAAAAAUUUCUUACCAAUUUGACUAUUCAUACAUCAAAAAUUCAAGUGGGUAUUUGUUGCAAAGAGAAAGAGGGAGAUUGAGAAAGAGGAGAAGACUAUUCAUACAUCAGUGAUGAGUGGUUUGGCUUGGAGGAGAAAGAAGACUUGUGGUAAUUUUACAAGUAUAAUUGGCUUCCUAAGCUAGCAAAGAGGUUAGAUGCAUCAUACAUUGGAGAACAAGGAACAAAUCUAUUUUUACUUACAUUUCCCAUGAUGUUGAUUGCUGUCAUUGGCUCUAUCUAUCUUCAUCUUAAAGAUAAGAGAGGGUUCUCCUUGAAAAGUAGUAGCGUUAAAUCAUCUGAGCAACAGCCGCAAGUCAACUCUUUGAGACGCCCGAUUAUUGUGAUGGGGCCUCUAGGAAUUGUAACAGCUUUGGAGCUCAUCUUUGGGAUUAUGGGUAUUGCGCUUGUGUGUUGGCACUUCGGCAGCUACUACUAUGUCAGUGUUAAGCAUCCACACAUGGGACACGGCCCCGACUAUCGAAAACCGUGGCAAAAGAAGUUUCGAGGUGUGUCGCUACGAUUAGGAUAUGCCUCGAAUAUUGCUUGGGCGUUUCUCUUCUUUCCAGUAACCCGAUUAACUUCGAUAUUGCCUCUGGUUGGUCUUACAUACGAGUCUAGCAUCAAAUAUCAUGUAUGGAUAGGCCAAAUUGUGAUGAUUCUUUCUUCAUUACAUAGCCUUGGCUUUAUCACUUACUGGGCUUUUAUGAACCAAAUGUCUGAGCUGAAAGAAUGGAGCAAAACUUAUGUGUCAAACGUGGCAGGGGAAAUAUCAUUUGUUUUUCUAAUAGCAAUAUGGGUUACAAGCUUUGCGUACACUAGGAGAAAGUCGUUUGAAGUAUUUUUCUACACCCAUCAACUUUACGUUCUAGCAACCUUUAUUUACCUUGUGCACAUAGGGGUUUCCUGGACGAUGCAAAUACUUCCUGGUAUUUUUCUCUUUAUCAUCGACCGAUACCUCAGAUUCUUGCAAUCGCGUGCUCGUGUAAGGUUAAUAUCGACUCGAGUCCUUCCUGGUGGGACUAUCGAAAUGACUUUUUCCAAGAGUCCAGGUGUUCAUUACGAUGUUACUAGUUUCGUAUUUGUAAACGUGCCCAAAGUUUCCAAGUUACAAUGGCACCCUUUCACAGUGAUUUCAAAUAAUAACAUGGAGCCUGAUAAGCUAAGCAUAGCCUUCAAGGGUGAAGGGAGUUGGACAAGAAAGAUAUAUAAUGAACUUUCAUCUUCUUCUUUAGAGAGGCUCCAAGUCUCUGUGGAAGGACCAUAUGGACCUGGCUCUACCAGCUUUUUGAAGCAUGAAUCACUUGUACUGAUCAGUGGAGGCAGUGGAAUAACUCCAUUUAUAUCCAUAAUUCGAGAGAUGAUCCAUCGAUCCAAUACACAGAAAGGCAAGGUACCAAAGGUUCUUCUAGUCUGUGCCUUCAAGCACGCGGCUGAUCUUACCAUGCUCGAUCUAUUGCUACCAGCAGUGGAAAGCACGCCGGAUGAUCUCUCAAAAAUCCAACUAGAAAUUCGAGCAUACGUGACUCGAGAGGAUGAACCGACUACAUCCAAUAGCCAGAAAGUCGUCCACACCAAAUGGUUCAAGCCAAGCCCAAUGGACUCGGCCAUAACCCCAAUAUUAGGACCCAACAGCUGGCUCUACCUUAGCCUCAUAAUCGCGUCCUCAUUUGUCCUGUUUUUAAUCCUCCUAGCCUUUGUGACUCAAUACCACAUAUACCCUAUAGACCACAACACAAACAGCAUAUACAACUUUAGUACAUGGGUGGUAUGGGACCUCUUUUUCAUGUGUAUCAGUAUCAUUCUCGUCAGUAGCAUCGUGUUUUUGGUGCAGAAGAGGAAUUUCGCAGCAGAAGAGAAACAGAUCAGUAAUGUGGAAGUGCCUACUCCAACGAGUUCUCCGGGAUCUUGGUUUCUUUACGGAGGGAAUAAAGACCUUGAGAGUCUUCCACUUCACUCCCUCGUUCAAGCUACCCAAGUGCAUUACAGAAGCAGGCCUAAUUUGAGAAAAAUACUGUUGGAGAGCAAAGAACAGGAUGUCGGAGUGUUGGCUGCAGGACCUAGCGCGCUGAGACAGGAUGUUGCUAGAAUUUGUUCAGGCUGCGGAGCAACUAACCUGCACUUUGAGUACCUUAGCUACACCUGGUGAUUAAUUAACCGAUCUUGCAGCAAAUUAAAGCACCAAGGAUCGAUUAUGCUAGCUAUAUACUACGUCUGUAUGAAUUGAAUGAUGUAUAUAUUUGCUUUUGAGGGUGUUUGCUAUAUAUCAUCUCUUCUUGUAACAAUGGAAAUGUGAUGAACCCCUUCAAUUCCCCUCUUUUCUUGUCCAAAAUUAAAUAAAAGCUUUUAAGGACAUGUGCUCCUAAUUUCUUGAUGACUAUGUAUUACAGUAUACAUUUAUCAUUGAUUGAACUUUUUUUUAUUAUACAAUUUAUGUUUAUUUCUUUUAGCAUACUAUUUCUCCACAAAAUUUGAACAUGCAACCUCUAAUUCUAUAACUAUAACUAAGUGUCUUACCACCAACUUACAUGAUAUUUUAUAUUAUCUUUUGAAUACAAAAUAUUAAUAUAUAACGAAUGACAAUGUAAAUAACAAAUUUAAUUACAAGAAAAUUAAAUCAUAAAUUAAAACAUAUAUUAAUGAUCAACUCCAUGUAACGACUCGGAGCAUCACCCGAACCCAAAUACUAAUUAUAUAUUAAAAAUCAUGUCAAAUAAAGUUUACUUGUCACGUGCCACUCUCCACUCAUGCAAAUAUUCAAUGUUUGUUUCAGGAAGACAUCUAGCCAUCAAUCCACCAUUUCAUUAUCGAUAAAUGGUUUUGAAAAAGAAAAAAAAAAAAAAAAAAAA